ACGUGCGUACAGUUCCUCAGCGAGCAUCACCGUGUUGAACAUCCACUGAACGUCACACAAGAACCACCGAAAACAAACAUGAAGGCCAUCUUCGUUGUCGCUGCCCUCUGCUUCGUCGCUGUCCAGUCGGCGGUUCUCUCAGAUGAGCAAAAGGCCAAGCUUGCAGCGCACAAGACGCACUGUCUCGCAGAAACCGGUGUUGACGCACAGACGGUGGAAGACGCGAAGAACGGCAAUGUCGCUGAGAACGACGAGAAACUGGCCUGCUUCGGCUCCUGUAUGCUGAAGAGGAUUGGAAUCAUGAACCAAGACGGAUCCGUCAACGAAGAAAUCACCAGGAAGAGGGUUCCCGCCAGCGUUCCUAAAGAGCAGGUCGAUGAUCUCAUCAACAAGUGCAAAGAUACCACCGGUGCCAAUGACUGCGACAAGGCGGCCAAGCUGAUCAAAUGUUUCAAGGAGAACAAACAGUUCACCUUACUUCACUAAAUAGUCUGUAUUGUAAACCAUUGAUUUAACCGAUGUCCGAUGUAUGUGGCGAAUUUGUUUAACGUGUGUAGAUAUAAAUUAAUAAAUUAGUCGCUAGCAAUGA